AUGUUCUCAAUCAACGGUGUCGUCCAAGUUUGGAUCGAUCACGCCGCUUCCUUUGGCGGCGCUAGCUCGAAUGGUAUCUUUGGCCGCCCAGGCGACGCUAUCGUUGUGAUUUUCAAGUUUAACGGUGUGCAGGAUCUGCUGAAAUGGGUAGAUGAUUAUAUCUUUUUCCGCUAUCCCACAGGGAGGAACCAGCGCCUGGAGAGUGCUCCUCGUCAGAGGAUGCAAAGGGUGGAGGUUCGGGAGUCUCAGGAGCCGGAAACCGGCGUGUGUGGACCAUGGAGGGCAGAGGAACAAGGCGAGGGACAUGACAGAGACAAGGAGAGCCUGCAACAGCAACAAAAGAUACAGUGCAAAAGCUACAGACUACGACAAGCUGCAGCUACACACACGAUCCUCGAGGCGCAAAUCAACAGAGGAACGACUAAGUGGAAUGGACUCGAGGUUAGGGGUAGCAGGGCAGAUUCUGCUGAGGGAUCCCAUUUGGAGGAGGCACAGCAGGCACAUGCCCUACAAGAACAAUUCACAGAGACUCAACUCAAGUUAAGCAAGACCAAUGCCGAACGUGACACCAUCAAAUCACUGAGUCUAGAACUUGAACUUGGGGUAAAGCCCCAUGGCUGGAGCUUGAGGAUGGUAGACCUGUCAUGGUCGAGCAACUCAAAUAAAUUUAAAUUAGCUCCACCCACUAUCUGCGCUACCGGAAAGAAGCUCGUAUUCAACAUCAUGGUGAAACAAUUCCCACUAUUCCUGUUUGACCACUGUGGCUGGAAAGUCAAGCUGCUUUGUAUUACCAAUUACCCAUCCUGGCGUAAGAACAACAUUGGGAACAACAGAAACUGGAAGGACCUACCAAGCAAGCUCUCAGUCAAGGAAGAGCAUAUCAACGACUCAGAUGAACUUGAUGUAGAGCACAAUGGACCCCAGGCUAAAGGAAACAGCAAGCAACACCUGUAUGACAAUAGCAAAAGUGUGGUCCACCAAGACCAUUUGAAGAAACCUAAGGCUUUGAACAGACAGCGAAAUUCAAACAGAAUUUCAAAUUUCAGAUUAUGUGAUGCACAGCAUGUGACUUCCUAG